AUGUCUCUAGAGCAGAUCAGCUCCUUUGUUGGGACCACGCUCCUGUCCCUGCUCCUGUGUCAGUAUCUCCUGCCCGCUCUUUGCUCAGAAGAGGACAUGGACUCGGAGUGGAAGACGUGGAAGAGGACCUUUGGCGUGUCCUACAGCGAGACCGAUGAGAAUGAGCGAAGGGUCAUCUGGGAGACCAACCUCCGGAUAAUAGAGGACCACAACGAGAACUUCUACAGAGGCACCAGGAAGUUCAUGAUGGCCAUGAACAAAUAUGGAGAUCUCAGCCGACGAGAGUACAGGAGGCUGCAGGGCUCCAAGAUCAACAGCCGGACCAGGAAACGUGGGAAGGAGGUGUCCGCCCGCAAGCUCCGCGCGGCUGGCAAGAAGGUGAAGAGGGUCAGUGUGGACUACAGGACCAUGGGAUACGUCACCCACGUCAAGGAUCAGGGGUUCUGUGGCUCGUGCUGGGCCUUCAGCACCACGGGGGCCAUCGAGGGACAGCUGUACAAGGAGACGGGUCGGCUGGUGUCCCUGAGCGAGCAGAACCUGGUGGACUGCUCCAGGUCCUACGGAACCUACGGCUGCAGCGGGGCCUGGAUGGCAGACGCCUACGAAUACGUCCUGAACAAUGGGCUGCAGUCCGAGAGGUCGUACCCCUACACGGCGGUGGAUACCCAGCCCUGUUACUAUGACAGCAGACAGUCGGUGGCCCAGAUCAGUGAUUACAGGUUUAUUCCCGCUGGAGAUGAGCAGGCCCUGGCCGACGCCGUGGCAACGAUAGGCCCAGUCACGGUCGCCUUGGACGCCGACCACCCCAGCUUCAUGUUCUACAGUUCGGGAAUCUAUGAAGAGCCCCAUUGCAACCCAGACAACCUGAGCCAUGCGGUACUGCUGGUGGGAUAUGGUUCUGAGGGUGGAAAGGACUACUGGCUAAUCAAGAACAGCUGGGGUACCGGGUGGGGAGAGAACGGUUACAUGCGGCUCAUAAGGAACAAGAAGAACGCCUGUGGCAUUGCCAGCUACGCCCUCUACCCGGUCAUGUGA